UUGAUCGAUAAAAAGUCAAGCGACUUUUCGAAUGCGCCAAAUGUUUUCGGCUUUAUAGGAGCAGCAGCAACAGCAGCAGCAGCAUAACCACACAGCGAGGCAAAGCGUACGCAAUCUGUAAAGCGGUGCAACUGGCAAGUAGCAAGUCAUGGAGGAGCUGCAGGAUAGCAGCAUACACCACAUGACUGCCAAAGUAAUUGCGGCGAUCAAGAGUGCCAAGUGCUAUGAGCCCAUCUAUAAGGAAUUGCAGCGACUGGUCGCCAGUCCCAAUGUUUAUAAGAACGAUAUGCGCAACACGCUCGAGGAUGCUAUCAAGGCGGCCGGCCUGGAGACUGAGAUCCGUAAUAUGAUAUAUAAUCUGGUGCGCAGUCGCUUGAAACGACUCGAUGUUGCCGAUGGCAGACAAACAACUAAAUCUGCACAGAGCGAUCCGCUCGGCUAUUUGAAGCGUGCCGGUGUCCUGUGGGAUCGGCGUGUCCGCAAGAGCCUCAAUGCAAUGUGCGGUGAGCUAAAGGUACCGUUACACGGCCAGCCGCGCAUCAGCGCCGAUCGCGAAGACUUUGUGGCCAAGUGGAAUGAGCUGAGCAACUACAACAUGGAUCUUGCCAAUUAUCGUCCAGUAUAUGCGCCCAAGGACUUGUUGGAGGUUCUACUCUCGCUUAAGGGUCCCACCAGGCCCACAGAGAAAACAGAUCAAAUACCGCAAUGGGAGUUUUCGCACAUUGCGUUGCCCGUUAAAAAUCUGUUCGAGCUGCGUACACAUUAUGCGGAACUGUUGCGCAGCGAUCCGUACAGUGUACCCGAUCUGGCGAUGCAGUGCCAGCGCAUCUUGGACAGCCGACAUGCGCCCAUGUGCCAGCAGUACUUGAAGAAGGGCUGUACUCCGGCACCGUAUCGCGGUGCCCUUUGGGCCUCGGUGCUAGACAGCAAGCUGCAUGAUUAUGACAUUGAUAAUUGGCAAAAGUUGCGUAACAGUGUUUGGACCACCGAUCACAUUGUGGACAAGCUCGUCUUUAAGGAUAUACAGCUGACGGCCUCCAAUGAUGAUCAGUAUUUUGUGUUCGAGGAUGUGCUCUACCAGGUGCUGUUGUGCUUCUCACGCGACACGGACAUUGCCAACUGUGUGGAAUACGAAACGUUUCCCGUCAAGGGCAAAACCUAUGAGGGACCACCGUCGGGUGUGGUGCCCUUUCACGGCAUCUGCAUGUUUGCAGCGCCCUUUUGCUAUCUUUACGAUUCGCCUGUGUGUCUCUAUUAUACAUUCCGGGCCUUCUACAUACGCUACUGCCACCGAUUGACCACAAUUAAUACGCAUCCACAGGGUAUUGUCAGCCUGUGUCUGCUCUUCGAGAAGCUACUUCAAACAUACGAGCCGCAGUUGUGGUCCCAUUUUCGUGAACUACAAAUACAGCCCUUACGAGUGGUUUUCAAGUGGCUAAUGCGCGGUUUCUCUGGCCAUUUGCCACCGGAUCAGUUGCUAGUGUUGUGGGACUUGAUACUCGGCUUUGAUAGCUUGGAGAUAUUGCCGCUAUUUGCCAUCAUUAUAUUGAGUUUUCGUAAGGACAGCAUAAUGCAGGUGUCAUCACUCGAUAGCAUUGAAGCCAUUUUGGCCGACCUAUCGUCGAUUAAGGUGCUGCCAUUAGUGCAAUUGGCCUUAAGUCGCGAUUAGAUCUGUGCAUCUUCUACCUAUCAAAUUUAAAGUAUGAACUUGUUGUUAAAAAUAAAAUAGAAAUUGUA